AUGGGAUCUCAAUUGACUGAGCCGGCUGUUAUCAAGGGCGAUUUUGAGGCGUCCCUCCAGGCUGAUUUCUAUUUGGAUCAAAUCAAAGAUGACAAACUUAGAGAAAAAUUCACUUCAACAACCAUUGCAAUACCAUUACGAGAAGAAGGUGAGGAAGUUGUCAUAGACACAGCCAAUGAUUUGCCUGAGGACUCAAAUGAACUAUGUUUAUUGCUAUCCAACGAAGAGUGUCCUGCAGAAUACUGGAUGUUAGUUUCGCAAGCUUAUGCUAACUUAGGCAAAAUCACUGAGGCAACCGCUGUUAUUGAAGAGGCGUUGAAGACUCCACAUUUGGCCAACUCUUCUUUGAAUGACGUGUCUGAACUUAAGUGUUUUGCUGCUUGGUUACAUAUCUUAAAGGCGGACUUGUUUGAUGAUUCCAAAGUUUUUGAACUUGCAAAUACUGAAAUCAAGGACUCUAUGAAGACGAAUAAAUCCGCAAAUAAUGACUGUAAUAUUUUGGCUGAGGCAGUUUUAUCUCUCACAUCAAAGCAGAAUAAAGGUAAGAGAACAAAAUUUGAAAAAGAAUCGAGGAAUUUUGACAUUCUGUUGCAAAAUAACCCACGGAACUGCCUAGCUCUUCUAGGAAAGGGUAAACUUUACCUGUAUAGGCAGAACUAUCUUGCUGCUUUAAAAGUAUUUCAGAAAGUCUUACAAUUGAAUCCGCUGUUAAGGCCAGAUCCAAGAAUAGGUAUUGGUUUGUGUUAUUGGUUUCUUGAUAGGAAGGACCUAGCCAACCAAGCUUGGCAAAACUCCAUUCAAGUUAAUCCAGAAAAGAACUUGGAAGCAAAGAUUUUGAUCUCCAUUGCAAAAUUCGAUGACUGUUUUUUAAAUUCUACCUCGGAUGAAAAUUUCAAAGCUAAAUAUGUUGAAGCUAUGUCUUUUGCUAAAGCAUCAUACAAGGAGGACCCUAACAAUCAAGUUAUUCACAUUAUCCUUGCAUCAUAUUAUUACUCAAGGGGUGAUGUUGAAACUGUUAAAGCUAUUUGCGACAAAAUUAUUAACAACACUAAUGUAACUAACUUCAUCAAAAGUGAAGCAUUGUUUUGGAUGGCAAGGUGCAAACUGUUAACAGGUGAUGUUCUUCAGGCACAAAAAAUGUUUUCGGAUUCUAUUAAGCUGAAUGAUAACAACAGUUUGGCGAGAGUUGGUUACUCCCAAUGUUUGGUCCUUAGAGGAGAACUCAAUGAUGCAAUAAGAGCUCUUGAGAAAGUUCAAGAAUUGAACUCUAGAAUUUUGGAAGUUACAUAUGCGUUGGGUAUGUUGUACUCCAAAAUUGAGAAAUUUAAGAAAAAGUCCAUUACAUAUUUGGAGAAAUAUGUUAAACUUGCAGAUGACCAAAAUGAAGCCGUAUCUAUUUCUGCUUUAAUCACUUUGUCUUCCUUGUAUCAAGAGAGUGAUCUUUCUAAAUCAUUGGAAUAUAUAAUGAAAGCUAAGGAUGAAGAAUUGAUGUCAGGAAAAACAGAAGAAGAGAUAUCGGCAAUACUGUUUAAUAACUUAGGAGUUUUUUCCUUACUUGAGAAUCAUGUCGGUGAUGCAGAAGAAUAUUUCAGGAAAGCGCUUAAAAACGUUGAGUCGCAAAAUUCUAAAGAACCACUGAUUACUGAUGCACUUAAGAUUACUUUAAAUUAUAAUGUUGCUAGGGCUGAAGAAUCUACCAAUGACCCUGUCAAAAUAAAGGACGCAAUGGACAUCUACAACAAGAUCAUUGAAAGAUGUCCUCAUUAUGUCAGUGCAAAAAUCAGAUGGUUGACAAUUGCUUGUUUGUCCGAAGAUAGAAAUGUUAAUGAAGAAGUCCAGCGCUUAUUAGAAGCAGAAUCAGAUGACUUGGAAGUGAGAUCAUUUUAUGGUUGGUAUAUAAAAAAAUUUGGCUCCAAACAUGGAUUAGUCACCGACAAAAAGGACUCUGAAAGUGAACAUCACCGAGAAACGUUGACCAAAUAUACUUCACACGAUUGUUAUGCCUUAAUCUCAAUGGCUAAUAUUUAUUGUACUUUAGCAAGAGAAGUAAAAGACCAGCAAAAAAAAGAUGCAUAUUACGUGAGGGCUGCACAGUUAUAUCAAAAAGUUUUGAACCUUGAUCCCAAGAAUGCUUAUGCUGCUCAGGGUAUUGCAAUUAUAUUCGCUGAGAAGAAACAAAAUGGUUUAGCUUUAGAAAUAUUUAGAAAAGUCAGGGAUUCGUUGAAUGAUAUUACUGUCUAUCUAAAUUUAGGGCAUUGCCUAUUGGAUUUGAAACAGUUCACCAAAGCCAUUGAAAACUAUGAGUUAGCAUUGACUAGGUUCACCGAUGGGAAUGAUGCCAGAUUACUAAACUACUUUGCUAGAGCUUGGUUAUUGAGAGGGCUGUCGGAAAAGAAUAUUGAUUGCUUCAAAAAGGCAUUUGAAUAUGCGGAUAGGUCAUUUAAAUUAAACCCUAUUCCAGCCUACAAGUUCAAUUUAACCUACAUUGAAUUUCAGCUUGCUGAUUUCAUCAAAAAGCUGCCACCGAACAAAAGGACUAUGGAAGAUUUAGAGAAAUCUAUCAAAGGCUUGGAAAAUGCUAUUGUCGUUUUGAAUGAUAUGGCAGCUGACAGUAAGGUGCAUCCACCAUACCCAACAGAAGAUUUGAAGCUUCGAGCAUCAAUGGGUAACACACUUUUGAAACAACUGGAAAAGUCGUUGGAAGAGCAGAAAAGUCAUGAACAAGGCUUUGAAUCUAGACUUAGAGAGGCUAAAAAAAUAAAGCAAGAGGAGGAUAGAUUAAAGGAAGAAGCCAGGCUGAAACAAGAAGAGGAACGCAAGCAGGCUGAGGCUAAACUCAUUGCCGAAAGGAAAGCGCUAGAGCAACAACAACAAGAGUGGAAUUUACUCAGGCUUGAAGAAGAAAAGGAUAUGAAGGACCAACUUGAAAAAUCACCUGAGCCAAAAGAAAAAAAGAAAAGAGGCAGAAAGAAGAAAGAUGUUAACGACGAGGGUGAUGCACCGGCUGCAAAGAAGAAAAAAGUUCAUCAAAAGGAUAGUAAACUUUCAAGGGAAUUCAUUGACGAUAGCGAUGAAGAUGCUGAGUAUAGUGAAGCAUUGAAUGAUGAUUAUGAUGAUGGUGGUGAUAUUGAAGAAGCAGAAGCUCAGAAUUCUGACAGUGACGAUGAUGAAACCGAGAAACUGAAGAGAACAAAAUCAAAAAUCAUUGAUGACGAAGACGAAGACGAAGAUGGUCAUGAUGGUAGCAUUGAAAAUGGUACUCCCCAUCGAUCAGAAAACGUAAAGGAGGCAAACCACGCUGAUGUUGGUGACGGUGAUGACGAUGGAUUGUUUUAA